AUGGCAUCCCCGCGACUCCUCGCUCGUUCCCCUUUAUCUUCAUUCCUUCGUCUCCCCAUACAGACCACCAGCAAAGCAACCCUCAUCCCAUCCACUAUAUCAAGAGUACAUAGAUCCUUCACUUCUUCGCAGACCAAGGCGGCACCGCCCAAGAUGUCCCACACAGACACGCUCAUCGAGCUGGCCAAAGCCCGCCGCACAAUCUACAAACUCGGCAAGAACAGCCCAGUUUCCGACUCCAAGAUCGAAGAGGUCGUCAACGCAGCCAUCCAGCACAUCCCCAGCUCCUUCAACACCCAGUCCACGCGGCUGGUGGUACUUUUGCACGCCGAGCACGAGCGCCUCUGGGAAAUUGUCAUCGACACAUUCAUGCAGCUCGUCCAGAGCGGCGCUGUGCCCGAGUCCAUAUGGAAGAACCAGACCCUGCCUAAACUGCAGGGCAUGAAGAAUGGUGUCGGGACUAUCCUCUUUUACGAAGACCCAGCACACAUCAAGCCCUUCUCCGAGAAAUUCGCAACCUACAAGGAGCACUUCCAGCCCUGGGCGGAGCACUCGAAUGCCAUGCAUCAGUACUUCCUCUGGACAGCCCUCGAGUCUCUCGGUUUCAGCGCAAACCUCCAACACUACAAUCCCCUCAUCGACGGCCCCGUCGCCAAACAAUGGGAUAUCUCCUCGGACUGGCGCCUCAUCGCGCAACUCGUCUUCGGUAGCCCGGAGGGCGAACCAGGCGAAAAGUCCCAGAAGCCCAUCGAAGAGCGGGUUAAGAUCUUUGGCAAACUAUAA